AGAGAAGGCCCUGUUGGGAGGACCGUACCUGGCUGGGUGAGACCACAGCCCAGGAGGACUUGCUACCACCAGCAGGCUCAGGCUCAGGCGUCCCGGCAUCCCCUGCUGCCAUGAGCUCCAGGGCCCCUACCUCCCUGCUCCUCCUCCAGCUGCUGCUGUCGCUGCUGCUGCUGCAGGUCGGCCUCAUCAACAGCCUCCGACAAGAAACCAAGGACCUGGCUAAGCAAACGCAGGCGGAGAGCCACCAGCCUCUACGGCGAUACAAGAGGAGAUGGGUUGUCACCACCUUGGAGCUGCAGGAGGAAGACACCGGACCCUUUCCCAAAUUCGUUGGAGAGCUGUUCAAUAAUAUGUCAGUUAACAUGGCACUGAUGUAUUUAAUCAGUGGACCAGGUGUGGAUAAAUAUCCAGAGAUUGGCUUGUUUUCUAUAGAAGAUCAUGAGAAUGGAAAAAUCUAUGUUCACCGCCCUGUUGACCGAGAGACGACGCCAUCUUUUACGGUUUACUUCGAUGUUGUGAACCGUUUGACAGGAGAGUAUGUGGACAACUCCUUGAUCUUCAACAUCAGGAUCACUGAUGUGAAUGACCAUGCACCCCAGUUCCCCAAGAAUGAAUUCAAUGUCAGUGUGAGAGAGAGCCACGCAGCAGGUCAGCCUGUUCUUCAGCUGUUAACGGUUGAUUUGGAUGAAGAAAAUACUCCAAAUUCUCGAGUCCUUUACUUCCUCGUUUCACAAAAGCCGUUACUGAAGGAAAGUGGCUUUGAGAUCGACCGUGAUAGUGGAGAAAUCCGACUCUUGGGAUGCUUAGAUUAUGAGACUGCUCCUCGGUUUACACUACUAAUCAGAGCGAGAGACUGCGGGGAGCCACCGUUGUCGGCCACGGCCACGGUUCACAUCAGCGUGCAGGAAGGCAACAACCACAGGCCCACGUUCAUCCAGGAGAACUACAAGAUUCAGGUUCCCGAAGGCCGAGUCAGCCCGGACGUGCUGCGUCUCCCGGUCCAGGAUGAUGACUCGCCAUUCACGUCAGCUUGGAGGGCAAAGUUCAACAUAUCCAAUGGCAACGAAGGGGGACAUUUUGACAUUUCGACUGACCCUGAGACCAACGAAGGGAUACUAAAUGUUAUCAAGGCUUUGGAUUACGAAACGCAUCCCACAUGCAGCCUGGUCAUUGCCGUGGAAAACGAGGAGCUGCUAGUCCCCUGCGAGGCUGGUGAGCUGCAAAAGCCCAGGAGGAAGACUGCAGCCAGCGCCAUGGUGCUGGUGCAGGUGACAGACGCCAACGACCCGCCAGCCUUCCACCCCAGGAGCUUCGUCGUCAGCGAGGUCGAAGGCGCCAGGCCCGGGACGCACUUGGGAAGGUUUAACGCUACAGACCCAGAUGGAAGCAGCAGCCAGAUAAGGUACGAGCUGGCUCACGAUCCCGCGAGCUGGGUCACCGUGGACGAGCGCUCGGGAGCGGUGGUCACCAGGCAGCGGCUGGACCGAGGGUCCCCGCAUGUGAACCACGGCGUGUAUGUCGUCAUCGCACACGCUGUUGAUGAGGGCCACCCGCCGCAGACGGGGACGGGGACCCUGACGCUCCUCCUGUCUGACAUCAAUGCCAACGCCCCGAGUCUGCACCCGCACUCUCGGUACCUGGAGGUCUGCGAGUCCUCAGAGCCCGAGCCCCUCCUCAUUGAGGCCGAGGACGGCGACCUGGAGCUCUCCUCAGACCCGUUUACUUUUGAACUGGACACCACGCAGGGACAUGCAGGAGACACGUGGAAACUGGGGGAAAGUCGGGGUCGGUCAGUUGAACUUUUAAUGCUGAGAAGCCUGCCUCCUGGCGAUUACUCAGUGCCGCUUUCCAUCAGAGACGGACAGGGCCUUUCCCAGAAGCAGACUGUCCAUGUGAGGGUCUGUUCCUGUCCUGGCGGAGCCAUGUGUGCGGCGGAGCCAUUAGCUGCCGGACCAGAGCUCCCUGUGGGGGUCCUUGCUCCUCUCUGCGUGGUGUUCCUGGCUCUGGCAGCUUCCCUUUGUCUCAUCGCAGCUGCUCUGCUUCUCCUGCUGCGAUGCGAUUGUGUGUCUGGAGCCAAGAGGCACAGCUGCCCCGCCCUGCACCAAGAGGGCCUGCAGACCCUGAUCAUGUACAAUGACGAGAGCAGAGCCAUCGCAGGCCAGCCCUGUGCCUCACAGAUUGGCUCAGAGGUCAGGAAUCAGAAGCCAGCCCUGCCCACCCACACAGCGGAGGAAGGCGCCACGCUGGGUGCUAAGGUGUACCUGGGUACCGGGGUGUCCAGACAACCCUUGGAAGGGAGGGCAGGAGUGAUGGCGGAGAUCCUGCAUCAGAAGCUCUGUGGGCUCCAUGUGCUGGCCGCAGACCCCGGUUCCCUGCCUCACAUCUACAUGGAGGAGGGGGAGCUGGAAGGGGCAGAAAGUCUGAGCUCACUUGCCUUCUCAGAGCACACGCCGUCACUGCCCAACCUGCUGGACUGGCUGGGGCCCAAGCCUGAAGAAAUGCAUCCCAGAGCAUCUCUUAAAAGUGCAAGACAUUAUGGUCCAUUGAAAUAAU